AUGGACCUACCAACAGGAUCCUCGGAAGCACCAGAUCGCGCGGUCUCCUCAGAGCCUAGCUCAACGAGGCCGAACCCCUUCACCGACGGCGACGAUUCUUCUAGGAAACGACGCCGAACGUCCAUGUCUGGUGGCUCCCGGAGCCUCUCCGUCGACAGUACCAAAGCGAGCAUCGAUACCUCGAGCUCACCAGCGGCAAACCGCCCCGACGAAGCUGCCACACAAGACUCUGCCAUGAAGAUAGACACACAUUCCUCUACCCCGCAAACACCAGAACGGCAGUCGACAGUUCGAGAGCCUCCGACAGAACCUUCCUCUAGCCGGGUCACGAUAAACCUACGCAAUGCCACCCAGCCCGAUCCUUUCUCCUCCUCUCCUGUGUCGCCGACACCCCGGACCAUACCAGACCCACCAACUGAACUUUCGGAAGGUGUGAAGAAGAGCGUUGAAGACCUGGGCGAAGUCGACAUGGCGCAAGCUCCUAUCGAGAUCACAGAUACCCCACCUUCUUCGUCGUCAAGCCCACAGAGCCCCGAGGUCGAGGUGGUUGCAAUAACCGACGAUGACCAGGAUGCUCCGUACGACGACGAUGUCAGUAUCAUUCGCGAGGAUGCUGCAUCCUUCGACCCUACCCCCGAUUUUCCGUACCACGAGGCUCACGAGUCACUUCCUGAUACUGUCACGAAGCUAGUUCAAUAUCUAAGUUCCCAAGCGCCCCCGGAAGAAGCUGUGCUAGAGUCUCUGUAUGCCUGGAUGGUCUCAUACGUCAAAUACGUUGGCCUUGUUGGUGGCAGGGUCGCCUACGAGUCUCAAGUGGCUUAUCACACCUUUUGGCACAUGUUUCCCGAAAUCGCCUGGGCUUUGGCGACUAGAAAACAUCCUAUCCCACUGGAAACACGGCAAACGAUUGGCCAAUUUUUUCACGCCUAUGCCAGGAUGACCGCUCAUUUUGUCGAAUUCGAUUUCAUCACAGCUCAGGCUUUUCAGAUGUCUCCAGGCGACGAACGGCGUCAGCCGGAAUUUCUUCUCUUUCGCUUUUUGCAGCCCUUGACGUCAUUCGCUAAGAGAGAACAUAGCCGGGCUCAGAACGGUCAAAUACCUGACGAAGAGCUGCUCAGCACUGACAUGCUGAACACUUUCCAGGCGGGAAUCGGUGGUAUCAAAGGAUUGAUCAAGCUAGCUCAGAUACACUUGAGCAAUGCGCCGAGAUAUCAACAUUUGAUGGACGUACUCGCGCCGAUUUGCAGCGUUGCUGCACAUAUCCUUCAAAAGGUUGUUCAGGGUAUCCACCGAGAAGCCUCCCCCCAGAGCCUAGAGAUGGCGAAAGUAAGAGUGGCGGACGGUCAUUUGCUGUACAACCUAGCUUCCAACGCGUUUUCCGCAACGAUCGAAAACAAGGUAACUCAGCUCUCAAACGACACGACAACAAAUCUCAUUCAUUCGCUUUCGGAGGUUUUCAAAAUCUGCCUCAACGGUGAACACAGACUGGCCACAGAGCGCCUGAGAGCGUACCAGCAGAAACACCCUGAGUUGCCCUCCAAAUUCAUCCCAGAGGCCAUCUCGCUGGAAUGGCGACUUGGAAUAUACGGAAAGCUCAUCACGUCGAGUCAGAUGCAGCUGCGUGUCCUGGCAGCAUCGAACAUGUGCCAUGAUCUGGUUACCUGCUGGAAGAGGUACAGCGACAAUGAAGAUGAGGAGUGCAAGCAGUUUUUGAAUUACGUGGCCGAGUACCUUCUUCGAACCAAGUUAGUCGACUACAUCUUGGGACCGACAUGCCAUCCCGAAAUCACAGUCGAGAGCGGUAAUAUCGUCGGGUUCCUGGUCGUUACUCGCCUAUAUCGUAGCGGGCAAACCGAUCUGCUAUGGCAGACCAUCACCACUGCUCAAGAUCCACGAGUUUCAGAAGCUUUGAUUCGCAUGACAACGGGCAUCACAAACUUGUUCUCCAAGGAGGAGCUGCACUACUUGUGCGAGAAGAUGCAAACCUUGCCCAUCGAGAAUUUCACCGCAUCUUUACGGGGACUUUGCGACCAAAGCCUGAAGUCUCUUCAGCACAAAACCCAAAUUGCGGGCGAGUCGCAGAGCGUGCUGCCGUUGAGUAUCUGCAUCCGACUUUUGCGAGAAUCCUCGAUAUAUGUUUCGGAUUCGGUCGUUGCUUACCCAGACGUUCAUCACUUUGCAAUGAACAAGUUCAGAGAACUAGUGAGAGACGGUAUUGAACCCGAAGUGCGGAAAGAGAUCUACUUCGACUGCAUCAAAGAUAUCGCUGCAAAGACAUCGACGACAUUGGGCACUUUGUCAUGUCUCUCAAUGGCAUUACGGCCUGCUGUGGCGUCCGAGCUACGAACCUUGACGACAGACCAUAACUUGACAUCAUUGGUUAUUGAUGAACUUGAGCAUGCGAUUGAGCAAGGGAAGCACAAUGGCAUCAGAAGGACCCUCGGCGGAGCGGUCAACCAUUCUCGAAGAGAUCUCAUUACCAAUAUCCUGGCUUACGAGCCGUCAACAGUCACAUCAGACCUGGGUCCACGCCUUUGGGAUAUGCUUGUGGGCCAUGGUGCAGCGAGUCAAGACGACCGGGACGACGGCUGGAAGAUUCUGAACUCCCUCCCCAAAACAGCAUUUGGCAACCCUUUCCUAUCAGUCUGCUUCAGCGACUACCUACCGAAUCUUCCCCGCAAUUGUCUCUGCGGAGGAGCAUUGGAAUUCGUCAGAAACGCCGUUCUUCCCCGUGUCAAUGACAUCAAUGAUAUCAUACUGGAUGACGUUGAGAGUCUCGCGCAGAGCGGAGUUGAACAGCUUUGGCGCAUGAUUCUUGACGCUGAAGAUGGAGUUAUGGUUGCCAAAGACCUGCCAUUCGUGGAUGCUGCGAUUCAGACGCUCGUAGGUGACAUCUAUGUCGAUAGUAAGUCUAUUAUGGCAUACCCUCAUCACAGAGCUUGCCAGGUUCAUCUGGGCCUCGUAAAUCGAUGCCUCGAGCAGAUGCUAGACGCUGCGAAGCGGCUGGAGGCUUCCGACGGCAGCAAGCCUAGCGACGAUGAGUCUAUGGCUAUCAUAUCAACCGAGGAGCAGACUCUGGAACAAGAGCGAACUUUCAGCCGAUCUCUUGCGGUUCUGCGGCACUUUAUGAAAGCUCACCAAGCCAAGGACCACUUCUCUGCUCCCGACCUCCGCGCCUUGACACCUGGCUCGCCGAGUAUAGCCGAAGGAGAGUCAGCUGAGCUCAAAGUCCAGUCCUUCGAUGGGAACAAGCAGACAGACAUCAUUCCUCUCGAAGUCGGACGGCAGAAUACAGCCGCCUCCCUUUUAGCCACCAUCAGGCAAGCAACGGGCUUCGAUAACUACCGCAUUUACUACCGCGGCCACCCGUUUGCACCCAACGAAAAUAACGUUUGUCAGUCUCUCGAAGACUUGAAGAUCCACGAUGGUCUCAUCCUGGUCAAACGGGAGGAGAACGGUACAGCCAUGGCGUCUAGAAUCAAGCCAGGUGCCUCCCUCUUGGAAAUAGAAAUCCUGGGCCACUUCGAGCAGCUUUGGGACUUUUUGAGUAUGAAAGAGGUCAUUGCCACAGAGAUGCACACGUUUCUCACGGGGUUGCCUGCCGAUACAAACAUGUUGGCUACCUUCGAUUCGUCAGAUGCCUCAUAUCGACAAGUUUUUCCUUCGGGCCAGCCAUUCAAGUCGCUAUAUGCCCUGUACGCCAUGACGGAGUACAUAGGAGCUGCCGGCCGUCGACUGACCGAGGCUGCGGCGACACUUACCGAUGCCGUUGAUGCAGAUGUUGACGCGUAUCUAGACGCGCUCGUCAGGGUGAGGGCGCUGGUUGUGGCGGCGAUCUCCGAUCGUGAAAUCCUUGGUGACUGUGCCUCUGGAGCUCUCCAGAACCGCCUGACUUACAACUUCAUGAACGUCUACGGACUGACUUUCAGAGACCCUGAUAUCGACGAGAUCGAUGUACGGCCCAAGCCGGUAGCUAUGGCGCCUGCAGACCGCCUCAUCGAGAUCCUUCGGUCCGCGGUGUCUGCUCCUAGCCACAGCGGCUUGAUUCCCCUCAUCGCAUCGACUUUCUCGGCCAUUCUUCGAAGCGCAGCCGUCGACUCUGCCUUCUGGAUGUCUCUGAAGGCGUUGCCUGAUCUCGAAGAGUUGAUGGGAAUCUUACUCCUCGAUGAACCGUCAGAUGCAAUUCGUGCAAACGUCGCCAAGCUAUUGGAAGAAAGAGUCAUCGUGCCCUACGAGUCCAACACGAAUACCAACUCGUUCUGCGCAUUCCUGUGGCCAAUGUUGCACCGACUGAUAAUCAGAGCAGCAAAGUCUCCCAAACAGUGUCAGCAGGUGUUUGACUUGUCGCUCGUCCUGCUACAUCAGAUGGCAUUCGAUGAAGCUGCCGUUGUGGACAUUCCUGCUUUGGCCAGCGACUGUGGCAGGCUCCUACUCGAGCACGAUUCUACCGAGCGACUCGGGCAAGCCGGGACCGAAGAUGCUGUGGCCAAUGGUUUAGUGAGACUUAUCCAGAGUUGCCUUGACGAGGGAUCGGACGUGGAUUUGGAAAGCAGCCUUCCAGCAAACCUUGGCCGAAAGCUGUUCUGGAGACACUUGUUUCCGCAACCAGGGCAGCAUAGCCUGAGUUCGAUUCGAAAUUUUCUCCUGUCGACGAAUACUAGAGGAAUUCUCGCCGAGAUCAUCUUCGACCUAGUUCGCGAUCGAGAAUACGAGUUCCUUGCUUUGAUAGAAGCUCUUGAAUCGCUGGUUCCGUUCGAUGAGUUUGAUAACGGUUUGCUCACCCAUUCCUUUACUACUGAGGGGCGCGGCUUAUGCAGAAGGACAGAUCCAUAUCUCUACGAAUUACAGCCUUCAUUCGACAGGAUGUCUGCCGUGAGGGCUCCUUGUGGCUACGCCGGGCUCCGCAAUCUGUCCAACACUUGCUAUCUGAACUCGCUCUUCACACAGCUCUUCAUGAAUACAGGCUUCCGUCGAUUCAUGAUGAACGCCCGCAUCCCAGCCCAAUCGAACACCCACGGUCUGCUCAGAGAGACGCGCAAACUCUUCGCUUUCAUGCAGGAGAGCUCUCGAAAAUUCAUCGAUCCUAGCCUCCUUGUCGGGUCUAUCAAGACAUAUGAAGAGACCGUCAUCGACGUUCACAACCAAAUGGAUGUCGAUGAAUUCUACAACCUGCUUUUUGAUCGCUGGGAAGGACAGCUUUCAACAGCAGAUGACAGAAAAACGCUAAGAUCCUUUUACGGCGGUCAGCUCGUACAGCAAGUCGCCUCCAAGGAGUGCGAACACGUUUCUGACCGACUAGAGCCAUUCUCGGCGAUUCAGUGCGAUAUCAAGGGCAAGAGCACCCUCCAAGAUAGUCUCCAGGCUUAUGUCGACGGGGAGAUCAUGGAAGGAGACAACAAGUAUAAAUGCUCGAGCUGCGACCGACAUGUGGACGCAGUGAAGAGGGCUUGUUUGAAGGACAUUCCAGAUAAUCUGAUUUUCCAUCUCAAACGGUUCGAUUUCAACCUGCGGACGCUUAUGAGAAGCAAGAUCAACGAUUACUUUUCGUUUCCAACCCAGAUCGACAUGCGGCCCUACACUGUUGGACACCUUGACUCUCCCUCCGAGCCUGGUGAAGAGGAUAUGUUCGAGUUGGUCGGUGUGCUCGUUCACGCUGGUACGGCAGAAUCCGGUCAUUACUACUCAUACAUCCGGGAAAGACCAACGGCGGCCUCCUCGGAGGCUUGGUUCGAGUUCAAUGACGACCUUGUCACCCCUUGGGACCCAACCAAGAUGGAAGAGUCGACUUUUGGUGGCACGGAUGGGUCUCUGGAAACCGGCAUAGCUUACGACAAGACGUAUAGUGCAUACAUGCUCUUCUACCAACGGUCUUCGGUGUUGAAAGCAGAGCAAGAGAAGUUGCAACGCCAAUCUAUCCCGACUCCAUUGAAGGUCGAGGUCCCACUCGAAGUCAUCGACCAUAUCAACGGGGAAAAUACGUUGCUCCUACGGAGACACUGCCUCUACGACCCAAACCACUCGAAAUUCGUGCUCCGGGUGUUCCAACAUGCCAUGAUGCGAAACGGUGGGAAAUGUUCUGACACACACGUCGUUGAGCAGCAUGCGAUGUUCAUGUUCCUUGGCCACCUUGACCAAGUUGCAUCCCGAACCAAAGACCUCCCCGACUUUGAAGAAUAUCGAGACGAGAUUGAGCAUGCCAUUGUCAACUGUGCUAAUUGCGCUGCGGACUUCUUUGAUUACUUCCAGGAGAGGCACGAGGCAUUCCGGCAACUUUUGCAGAGAAACCCGGACCCUGCCAUCAGAUACUCGAUCGGCAGUCUCUUCCUCACGGCCCUGCGGCAGAUCAAAACUUCUAGGCCAGAGAUGUGGGGGCUGUCACAGGACGAGCUGGUCGAAGACCCUGUUAUAAUGCAGUGCGUUCAGCUGCUCGAGGCGCUAUGGAACAAUUUCCACGCUAAUAUCAGGUCAUGGCCUGAAGUUUUUCAGACUAUCCUGGCCUUUGCGCAAUUGGGCACAAUGGAGACUGCUGUGCUCAUGGCGGAAAAUUGGUUCUACAGGGUGCUACGCAUUGUCUUUGCUGAUGCCAACAUGGACCUUCCCAGCAACUACGCUCGAAUGCUUACGAACGUCAUUCGUCGUAUCAGCAAUACGCGCUCAACAUCGUACGAAAUGAUCAUCCAGCUAAUCGACCACUUCAUGGACGCUCUAGAAGAUGUCCUCGACGUUCACACAAUCGUCGAAAGUGCCGAGAUGCGAUUGGAUAUUUACAUGGAACAUCAGGCGCCGAAGAUGUCAUGGACCCCAGAAGAGAUCAACGUCUUAACCCACGAGUGGAAGCUAGACGCAGGCAGUACUUUUGUCAAAAAGCUGAUCGAUAUCGACCAAGAGCCUGCUUACACAACAUCGAUCAUCAAAAGGAUCAUUCACCUGAGCCCCGACAUGGAUAACAGAGUCUUCACACUCCUCAGGAAUACGAUAACAGGCGGCGCAGUACAGUAUUCCAACGCGCCUUACAUCAGAGCAGCUGCGAUAUACUCCCAAGAGAGCAGAAACGCAGCCAAUAUUCAGGCCCUCUUCCGCACGAUAGCAUUCCAGUGCAGGGCACUCCAAAACACGGACGGGCAGGCCUUUCUGGAGUUUUUCCGACUUGCCUAUGUGCAUCUGCAGAACGAAAGAGAGGAGAUUCGGGUUAUGCGGUAUCCUCAAUACGUCGAGUUUAUCCCUAUGUGGGCACCUCCUCUGUUGGGCUACUACGACGCAGAUGUGCGACAGGGCACGGAAACCCUCCUCUGUAUGUGGUUCGAGAACCAUGACUUGCUCGAUGACGAAGACGAGAGUUUGGCGGCUGCUAUGAACGCAACGGCACGGAAGCUUGCCAUGAGCUGCCUGGUAUACCUUCAGGAAUACUUUGUCAAGCGACGUGCUCAGGUGGCAAAGCGUUCCACCGAACACCUCCAGGCCAUUAUUGCCAAGUGCGAACCCUUCUUUGGGGUCGAUCUGGGGCUCGAAAAUGAUCGCCUCAUUACCUUUGCAGAAUACCAAAACCUCUACCACUCUGUCCUUGAGCCAUUGCGCCGCAUGACGGUUGAAGAAUUGGAGGAUGAGGGCUCCGACUGGGAGAAUUCGUGCGGGUCCUCUGAGCAGCUGGAAAGCAUUGCAGACAUCAGUAUGCAGGCGGCUGGCGAUCUUCCAGAGCCAGAUCUCCAGUGA